AUGGCAGACUGGGGGCCGGUGGUGAUAGCAGUGGUGCUGUUUGUGCUGUUAAGUCCAGGAUUGCUGUUUCAGUUGCCAGGGAGGACCAGAGUUGUUGAGUUUGGGAACAUGCACACAAGUGGGUUAUCGAUAUUGGUCCAUACCAUCAUCUUCUUUGGUCUCAUAACCAUCUUUCUCAUUGCUAUUGGUGUUCACAUUCACACAGGAUAG